AUGAAGGAUUUGGCAGCACCGGCCCCCAAAGUGGAGACUGUCAAGGUAGAGCCAGCGUCUCACACCGAGGCAUCGGAGCCUCUUGUGGAACCUGCUCUGGCUGUCGAACCGGCAUAUGCGGAGCCUGCAAAGUGUGUGGAGCGGGCGGAAACAGUCGAUGAUCCCCGCAAAUUUGCUCCUGCGAAUGCCCUCAAUGCCAUGAAGGAAAAGUCAAAGAUCGGAGUGGAAACAUUGCGGCAACAAGGCGUCGAUUUUGAAGGUCGAGCCGGAAUUUGUCGAGGAGGAGCCCCCAAGAAGAAUUUCUUCAAAGUAGUCAUGCCCUUGUUCUUUGAUCAGAGAGACUAUAUCACAUUCUCUGAAAUUGCACGAUACCUCGUCAUUCAAGGAGGUUGCUGCUUUGUCUUUUUGGAAUCCACCGAUCCAUCUCCUCUCUAUGCUUUUUCGCUGCAUGAAUUGACCGCCGAAAUUGAAAAUCUCGACAAACCCGACAAGGCAUCUUUUACCGUCAAUCCCAUCAGCAAUACCAACAAACAACACCCAAGCCUCGUUAAUGUGCUAUUGAGAAAUUAUGGCAAGGAAAAAGAGCUGGAAUAUCAAAUUGUACUCGACACCGAAAAAGACAAGGGAAUUGUCAAACGAUUCUUGGACGUGGUACAGAGGAAUAGUGCGGCGGUCGUCGAGGCGACCGUGCAGCCAACAUCAUCAUCCAAAGGGGCAAUCAAGAAAUAG